UCUUCCGUAACCAGGUAAAUCAUUAUCAUAUCGGCCAAGCCGGGCACGCUGCCAAGGGGUUCAUCUUCGAUCCCACACGCUCGCUCCAACCAAGCCCCAGACGCUCGUUCCAAACCAAACCAACCAAAUAAAAGGGGUAAAAACAAAAAUAUGCAGCUCAAAUCCUCCCUCCUGCUCUCGGCCCUCCUGGCCACCAUAGCCGCAACCACCCCCCAAGACAGCAGCAUCACCAGCUCAUCCACGGAGUCCUCCCCGACCGUCACCCUCCCGUCCUCCUCGUCCAACCUGCCCCAACUGUCCAGCACCACCACCGCCUCGCUCCCGCCACCGGGCUUCGAGAGCAGCAGCGGCUUUCCCACCACCGCCGUCACCACCACCAUCACCUCCUCCUCCUCCUCCUCCUUCACCGGCAGCACCAAUGACACCGCCACGUCGACCUCGCCCUCCUCCGCCGCCGAGACUCCUUCGUCUUCGUCUUCUUCAUCUUCUCCUCACAGUGGUGGUGGUGGGAGUGGUGCCAGCGAGACCGAGACCGGCAGCCAGCCGGCUGCUGCCAGCACGCGCCCCGCCAGCACGCCGACCUCUAUCAACGGCGCCGCCGCCGGCGGCGGUGGCGGCCGGUCGCAGUUCGGACUGGCCGUGUUCGGGCUUGCUGUUGUUGCCGGGUUGGGGCUUUAAGACGCCCAUGGGGAUGGGGACGGGCAGGGAGAGUAUCUUUUUUGGUGGUUCGACUGAAGGGGCGGGGGCUGGUAUGUUGAAGGUGAGGGAG